GGGCCAUGAUCGCCGCCUCCGGCCGCCGCCCCGCCCGGGGCGAGCCCCCGGUGCGCUCGGUGCGGCUGAGCAGCCUCCCCGCGGGGACGCUGACGCCGCUGAAGGAGCUGCUGCAGGCCCAGGGCGCUGCCCCGGGGCCGGGGCCGCGGGAUGUCCCGCACGGCCGGGCCGGGCCCGCGGCAGAGCGGCCGCCGAAGCGCCGCGCCCCGGAGGGGCCCGGGCAGGAGACCCCAGCCAAGAUCUUCCAGCGGAUGAAGGAGCGGGCGGAGCGGCAGCGGCGCCGCGGGGGCGGCACCGACGGCAUCCUGACCCACGGCACCGGGCAGGGCCAGGGCACCGACGGCAUCCUCCUGACCCCCGGCACUGGGCAGGGCCGCACCGGACAGGGCCACACCGGCACCGACGGGAUCCUGACCCGCGGCACCGGGCAGGGCCAGGGCACCAUCGACGUAAUCCUGACCCCCAGCACCGGGCACAGCCAUGCCACCGACGGGAUCCUGACCCGCGGCACCGGGCAGGGCCGUGCCACCGGCGGGAUCCUGACCCGCGGCACCGGGAACAGCUGUGCCACCGAUGUGAUUCUGACCCCCAGCACUGGGCAGAGCCAUGCCACCGACAGGAUCCUGACCCCCAGCAACAGGCACAGCCGUGCCACUGAUGUGAUUCUGACCCCCAGCACCAGGCACAGCCGUGCCACCGACAGGAUCCUGACCCCCAGCAACAGGCACAGCCGUGCCACCGACGGGAUCCUGACCCCCAGCACCGGGAACAGCCGUGCCAUCGACAGGAUCCUGACCCCCGGCACUGGGAACAGCCGUGCCAUCGACAGGAUCCUGACCCCCGGCACCGGGCAGGGCCGGGGCACCGCCCAGCCAGGACACGGGUCGGUUUUCCCGUGGGUCCCUCAGGCCCCGCCCGCUGCAGAGCCCCCUGUGCUGGAGAGCCCCCAGAAGUUCUUCCUGCGCAUAAAGCAGAAACUGCAGCAGCAGCAGCAGCACAAAGAUCCAACCCCUUCAACCCCCCUCCAGCAGAACAUCCCUCCUUCCACAGCCACAGAGAAGCCCUUAGUCAAGCCUGCCUGUGCUGAGCAGCCCAGGGAUGAGCCUCCUGAGGAAGUGGACACCGAUAAGGAGGAUGAUGUGGACGUUUUCCUUGUGGAACCAAUAGAUGCUGAUUGUGAAAUGUCCCAGAGUGAAGUGAUUAGUUUUCUAAAUGUAAAUUCCACCCCUUUGAAAAACGAUAAUCAGGUAAAAGAAAAGAGGGGGAAUGGAGGAGCAAAAGAUACAGAGGUUCCUGAAGACAGAAGAGAGCUGCAGCCCAGUAAAAACCAAGCUGCUCUGGGAGUGGAGAAGACUCUGGGGAGCAAUUCCCCAAAGCCCUCCCAGUGCUUCUGCAGCAUUAUGCUGUCUAGCCCCUCAGUCCACAUUCCAAAGAAGCAGAAGGUGACAGAAAAGCCUGAGGACCCUUUGGACAAACCUCAUACCGACCAACCUGCUACCAAAGCAGACAAAGAGAAAAGCAUCUGCCUGAGCAGCUGGAGGAUUAAAGUGAUGGAUGGCAACACGGCAAUUUCCGUGGAGGGCAAACGGCAAGACAUGAGGGGCCUGCUGUGGCACAGCAACGCUGUCACCGAGCGCGUGGCACACAACCAGGUGAGGACGGCCUCGGGCAGCCUCUACGUCCUGCAGGGCAAGCUGGACUCGGCCACCAUGAGGAGAGAAGGGUUUCCCUACCGCUUCAUCAAGAGGUUCACCUUUGGCUUUUCCAGACGGUGGAAGGAGUAUGUCCAGGAGUUUCUCGAGCAAAGGAGGAGGAAAGAACAAAAACAAACCAGUGGUGUGGAUGAAGAGAGUGACACUGUGGAGGAAGUUGAUGUGUUGGAAACUGCAGAAGGCUCAAAGAAGAAACCUGGAACGAAGAACUCCACCUAUGAAGUAUUGCCAAGGAAUGAUGAAAACACUUACACCACCCCGAGGCACAGCUCCCGGGGCAACGACUCCAGCCAGGUGUACACUCGCAGCGGGAGACUCAUCAGACCCCCCAUGAACUUCUGGUGUGGCCAACGAGCCUUUGUGGAUCAGAACCUUAAUGUCACCAUGGAAGAAGGUGGAGUGGAUUAUCUGAGCCUGAUGCUUAGUAGUGAAAAAUCCCACAAAAAGACCAGUUCCAUCUCUAAGAAGAAUAAUCCAAAGGAAGCAAUGAAGACAACAGAAGAAAUGCCAAAAAGCCAAAAUAAAGGGAAAAGCAAGGAGAAAGGAGCCAGCUCCAAACGGGAAUUCAAGCCUGCUGGAAAGAAGAAGGCCCGGCCCUUGCUGUCGGAGGAGGAGGGGAGUGACCCGGCAACCAGGGGCACGAAAACCAAAGCCCAGCCUCCUGCCAGGGUGCCUUCCUCAGACACCAGAGUGCCAAACAGACACAGCACCAGGAUCCAAGGAAUGGCAAAGGAGAAGCAAGGAGCAGAUGCAGAUGCUGGAGUCCUGUCCAUGUACGAGCAGGCUUCCAGGUACUCCCUGAGGUCAGCCAGGAAGCCUUUUCCAGACAAGCGCUUCACCGAGGAAUCCUCGGGCAAGGAUGAGGGAGAGGCAUCCAGUGAUGAUACCCCACUGCUGAUCAGAAGGAAAAAUAAAUCCCUGUUAAAACCAGGGCCUCAAAACUGCAGAUCUCACCCUAACUCUGAAAGAUCCCAGGAUGGUGCAAACAAGGCGGGCGAGCCAAGGACAGGAAAAGCCUCCCGGAAUGUGCCGGUGAGGCUGAGUGGGACGGAGUCCAGCGACAGGUCUGAGCUCUCCACUGGAGGAAACACUCCUGCCAGUGGGUCCAGAGACUCCCUGCUGCCUGGGGAGGCCGUGAGGACACAGAGCAGAGCCAAACCCCCCAGGCACUGGCUGGAUUCCGACAGCGAGCCCGAAACCAGCACGGAGCAACCGCCCGCGAAAGACGGGAAUGCAAAAGCACCUGGUAAAAAAACAGGGGCUGGAGCUCCCAGCACUGCCAAGUCUGCAGCAGCCAGGUGGAGAGAGCCUGAGAGGGCAAAGCGGCAGAAACCUCUGGAGCUUUUUCCCAGGACAACUGAUAGCUGGUCUGAGAAGGAAUUGCAGAAGCUUUACAGGGCCGUCGCGGUGCUCCCCAAGCACAGGAGCGGAUUCUGGCAGGAGGUGGCCAUGGCCGUGGGGUCACGCUCUGCCCACGAGUGCCACGGCAAGUACCUGGAGCAGCAGGAGGCCAAGGGCUCCAAAUCACAGGCCAAGAAGGCCAAGGCAAGACAACCUGAGCAGAAAGAUAAGAAGGAGCUGGUGAUAAGUGCCAAGGUGGGGACCCUCAAACGGAAGCAGCAGAUGAGGGAGUUCCUGGAGCACCUGCCCAAGGACAACCACGACGACGUGUUCACCACGACACCCUUCCAGAGCAGGAGGGUCAAGCUGCCGACGCUCCGGGACGACGACCCCGAGGACUUUACCCUGGGGGAGCUCUCGCUCACCCCCGGCUCAGCCAUGUUCCCGCUGGCCAAAACCCCCCAGUGCGAGCACAUCAGCCCGGGAAUGCUGGCCCCCAUCAACAGGAAGGACGUGGACAGGCACGUGUUGCGGAUGCAGAAGAAGGCGCAGGGCAGCAGAGGCACCUGGGACAAGGUGCACAAGAAGUCGGCUGGAACCGUGCUCGGGACACCGGCUUCCCGCAGGGCCAAGGUCAGCCUGGAGAACAGUGAGUAUUCCUGCUUCCUCUUCCUCCAUUCCCAGCUCCUUCCCUCCUUCCACAUCCCUGCCUUGCUGGGUGCCCUCGAUCGUGGCUGUCUGGGCCUUCUCCCCCUGCUCUUCCCCCUCGGACACGCUGAUGAUCCCUGUUUUCCACUGCAGGUGGCCCAGGCCCCUGAGGUGGGGAAGCUCUUUGGAGCUCAGACACGAGACUCCUCAGAGGAGGAGGAGGACCAGGAUUCCUAUUUUUCCAUGUGAUGAAGUCUGUGGAUCUGUUGGUUCAGCACUUGGGUGCCUCGUUCCGAGUCUGCAGUUCAGCCGCCCCUCCGGGAGGGAAGGGCUGGGAUUACAAGAUCGAUUUGGAAAAUGUUCCCCGAUCUGGUUUUUAUGUGUUUUAACCCCAUUCCCAUCUUGCUGGCACUAUUUGGGUUUUCCAUGUGUACAAAGUG